CGGAAGAAACUCGGAAUUUCUGGCGACCGGCGAACAACCGCGAGGUCGCGAGGGGAGAACACGCGGAAAACGGUAUAAAAUGGCCAUUGUGACAGAACAUAUCUUCACAAUGACUCUCAUCUUUACGCUGUGGCUGCUACUGGGCUUAGACCGUGCUUUCUGACAAUUAAGCUCACACGAACCUACUAACUUCAAUGUGCCCAUCAGUCGUACUGAGAGUGGCUAUCGAACGGUCGCCCUUUCGUAAGCUUCUAUUAGUACGGGAGGCGGACUUGGCUUCAUUGUAUCCUAGGUUGGGUACACCUCCCCGAGAGUUCAGUCUCUGGCUUGACACAGGCUCAGAUCCUACAUGGGUCCUGAGCCAGUCGUGUAUAGAAUCGUGCUCUAUUUCAGAUACCAAACGUACGCCUUAUAUCCCAUCUGAGUCCUCGACCAAUAAUGCCACGGGAGAGACGCUCCGCGUUGACUACCUCGGGGGCGCCGUUGCUGGCACAAUCUUCACUGACACGUUAUCCAUUGCGAACACUUUGACUGGAGUGUCCACACGAGCCCUCCUUGUCGGCUUUUCUAAUUGGGCAUGGCUCGACGCGGACGGAAUGCUUGGCUUGGCUUUCCCUCGCGUAGAGGAGCCCGUCCAUGCCUCCCUCCUUGAGAGUCUCUUCCACCCCGAGAUCCUCGAAGCGCACGAAUUUGCCAUUUAUGCUGGACAAGACCUGUCCCCAAACAAUGGUGUCGUCCAAUUUGGCGGCCACUCCACAGAGUACAACUGUACGGACGUUACCUAUUUCAACAUCCAGCGAUACACAGACGAUAAUAACGCAAUCAUCUAUUGGACGACCUAUAUCAACCGUGUUGACUUCACUUUGAAUACAGACGGGAACACGCACAGUAACACCGUAUUUGUGGAGAACUUUGCGGUUUGGGAUACUGGCUCGUCUCAUAUAACUGUGCCAGAGACUUACAUUGAAAACAUCUAUUCGAGCAUCGGUAUGAACUACACCUUCAUCCAGGAAGGUGGUCGUCCACUGUGCGAAGAUCUUCGGAAACUGGACUUCAACAUGACUAUCAUUCUUCUAGAGGGUACGAUCACCGUCCGCCCUGCAGACCUGAUUGUACCGGGGUAUACGGAGGAGCAGUAUUGCUGGCCUUUGUUCGAGCCGUCUUCUAGCGGUAGGUGGAUCAUCGGUAUGGACCUUAUUCGCAAUUUUUACACGGUGUGGAAUCUGGGUGGCUGGGAUAUACGGUCGGACGAGCUGCAACCGCGGCUAGGGUUUGCAGAGUUGAAGGCUGAGUAUCAUCCAUGAGUGUAAGAUCUGAUUGUACCAAUCUUGCGGUUUAAUUGAUACGUACAACGUAGAUCCUUUUCUAAUAGGUGUAACUUUUUUUUUGAACAAACACUACUAUACAUUAGUCGAGUGAUUCGCACUUCCUCAUAAAUCUCGACUGUCUUAAUUUGAGAGUCUGCCUAGGGGAGACUAGUUUCCUCAUACUGAUGACGACAGUUAUGGCUUUCCUUCCGAGUCCUUCCGUCGUUUUGUCAGCGUCAAACUCGAAAUUGAUGAGUAUGACUCCGCUCUUAUGAUCUUGGUAUCCACAAUACUCCUUUAUCAC